AGCGGCACCUCGACGCCCAACGGCCCGAAGGGCAAGGGGCGGCCCCAGAACCAGCGUUUCGAGCGUAUCAAGGCGCAGAACGUCACUUUCCAUGACCAGCGCCUGAUGGACAACUCGUUCGACGCGCACAUUCGGAACGGCGCGUCCAACAACGACUUCGGCGCCCGUGCCUCCCGCGACUUGAUUGUCACCCGUGGCGCUGGCUUCCGGAAGGAGAAGAACAAGAAGAAGCGCGGGAGCUACGCUGGCGGCGAGAUCACGCUCGCUACCAACUCGAUCAAGUUUGACGACUAG